AUGACCUUUCGGUGCAACUCAGACACUGUCAUUGGCGUUAUUUUCGUAGUUCAGUACUGCUGUCCAAUUUUAGCGCAAUAUAGCAAUUUAUUAGAUUUCUUUGGCAUAAAUACAGGACAAAGUGGUACGGUGAGUGAUCGUAUCCCAAUUGAUGAUAUUACCAGUCAGAGCUUUGCUCUUAUCAGUUUCAUUCAAGGUUUGCAGAAAAAUCUAGACAAUCAGUUCAAUAAAAGGUUACGGAAACCACUGCCUCAAGUAGCGCUUCUCGACGGUAUUCCAGCUGUUCCAGGUGUUAUUGGCAGUUUUCCGGGAUUUGGUGGAUGUUUGCUUCAUCGAACACCAUUCGUCAACCAACGUUCGCCAAGCUUAUUCCAGAAUUUCCUUCGUUUCAUACCUGGAGCGCAAGAUUAUCUUUCUGAUUUAGUUAAAACGCCAAUAAUCGAUUUGAACUCUUUAAUAGGAAAGUAUUACUGGGUAAUCUCCACAGCUGGAGUGCAUGAUCGUUAUUGUCCUACCACUGAGUUUAAAAAUCUGGCAAAAAUAGGAAAUACAUUAAUUUUCUCAAAAAUGGAUUCAUUCCGUGUUAAUGGUCCCCACGGUGCUUCUAAAAUGGGCUUUGGCUACGGUAUUAUACACAACAAAAAAGUUUACAUUUAUGUUCAGGAAGAUCCAUGUCCUUAUCAAAUUGUGAUAACAGGACCAAAAAAUGCUGAAAGUGGACAAUAUGAGUACAUUGUAAUUACUAAUUGGGCGAAAUUUCCGCUGGUUGCAAUGACUCGUGACUUGGCGUACUUUAACGCCAACUAUCGAAAUGAGCUUAUUCAACGCUUCAAAAAUGAAGGAUACAUACACGAAUUUUCUGAGCUAAUUUUUUUCCCAAAAUUUAUUCGAAGAUCAUUUUCGAACACAGGUCACGUCAUACCCACAGGAACUAUGGCAUUAUUAUAUAUUUCAGGAUAA